GUUCCCUGCCCACAGCAGGUACCCUGCUGUGCAGAGUGCUGGCAUGGGCUGCCCCAGGGCAUGCAGUGUGUCAGGCACCAGCUGUCCCACGAGCUGAUAGGCAGUGUGUGACUGCUGGGAGGGGGGACCAGAGGACACUGACACCAAAGCCAAUAUGUCCACUCCCUACUCCUCAGCCAGUGUCCCCCUCCUAGGGUUUGUCUCAGGAGAAACCAGGCAAAUCCAGCCUGGCCCAGCUCAGCCUGUCUGCAAAAACAGCCCUUUGCCCUGCACUCUCCCUCCCACUCCCCAGGGUCCCACCAGCAGCCACCCCCAUGGGAGCUGGGCCCCAGAGGUGCCCUGGUCCUCAGGGACAGGCUGGAGGUCUUUGCUGGUGGGGGGCAGGGAUGGCCCCAGGGUGGGGCAAGGGCAUUGGGAGGGCCCUGAGAGGGCUGGGAGAUAGUCCAUGAAUGUUAUCAGCCCAUCGUCUCACGGGACAGGGAAGAGCCAUAAAGGGCUGUCCCCUCACCCUGGACGAAGGCAGCAUUCCAGGAGGGAGCCGGGGUGGGCAGCAUGGGGCAGCUGCUUUUCUCUGGAACCUGCCUUCUCCUCUGCUUCCUCGCCCAGCUCGCCACUGCAGCCUCUGGUGACAGGGAGCAUGCUGGACAAUGGGAUGCUGAGAAGACCCCGGGCUACUGGAAUAAAGGUGCCAGGAAGAGGCUGGAAUUGGCCCUGGCCUUGCAGCCUGCAGCACAGCGGGCCAAAAACAUCAUCCUCUUCAUGGGUGACGGCAUGGGGCUGUCCACCAUGUCAGCAGCUCGGAUCUACAAGGGGCAGCUGGCUGGUGGCUCAGGCGAGGAGAGCGUCUUGGCCAUGGAGACCUUUCCCCACAUGGCCCUGGCCAAGGUGAGUGGGGCAGGGCUGGGGGGGACACUCCUGCUGCCCCUGCUUGAGACCCCACUGCACCCAUCUUGCUUCCAGACCUACACCAUCGACCGGCAGGUGCCCGACAGCGCUGGCACGGGCACUGCCUACCUCUGUGGGGUGAAGGCCAACGCCAAGACUCUGGGACUGAGCGGGGCAGCCGUCUAUGGAAAAUGCCACACCACCUUUGGCAAUGAGGUGGACUCUGUCCUGCACCGGGCCAGGCUGGCAGGCAAGUCUGUGGGCAUCGUGACGACCACGCGGGUGCAGCACGCGUCCCCGGGGGCAGCCUACGCGCACUCGGCCAGCCGGGGCUGGUACGCUGACGCCAACAUGCCCAAGGAGGCCCUGCGGGACGGCUGCAAGGACAUCGCCUACCAGCUGGUGCACAACACUGACAUCAACGUGAUCCUGGGCGGCGGGAGGAUGUACAUGACCCCCAAGCAGACUCCGGACCCCGAGUAUCCAGAGGACCCGGAUCAAAAUGGCACCAGGAAGGACGGCCGGGACUUGAUUGCUGAGUGGCUGAGUGCCAAGCAGGGUGCCCGCUAUGUCUGGGACAAGAAGGGCCUGGAUGCGGUCAGAGAUGACUCCGUGAGCCACCUUAUGGGUCUUUUCGAGCCCAAGGACAUGAAGUACGAGCUGAACCGCAACACAUCCACAGACCCCUCCAUCGUGGAGAUGACGGAAAAGGCCAUCCGCAUCCUGCGCAGGAACCCCAAUGGCUUCUUCCUCUUUGUGGAAGGUGGCAGAAUCGACCACGGCCACCACAGCGGCCGGGCCAAGCAGGCGCUGAUGGAGGCCGUGAUGCUGGACCGGGCGGUGGCACGGGCAGGAGAGCUCACCUCCCCUGCUGACACCCUGACCGUGGUGACGGCUGAUCACUCCCAUGUCUUCACUUUUGGGGGCAGCACACCACGUGGCAACUCCAUCUUUGGGCUGGCCCCCAAGAAAGCCAAGGACAAGCGAGCCUACACCAGUAUCCUCUAUGGCAAUGGUCCUGGCUACAGCAUCCGUGAUGGGGCCCGGCCAGCUGCCAGCCUCCCUGUUGCAGAGGACAAGGACUACAGACAGCAGGCAGCUGUGCCCCUGGAGACAGAGACUCACAGUGGGGAAGACGUGGUGGUGCUGGCCCAGGGCCCCAUGGCCCAGCUCUUCCACGGGGUGCAGGAGCAGCACUACAUCGCCCACGCCAUGGCCUACGCUGCCUGCCUCGAGCCCUACGCCGCAGAGCCUGGGUGCAGGGCAGCCCGCAGGGCCUCCCAUGGCACACGGUGCUGCCCACAGGCCCUGCUCGUCCUCCUGGCCCUCUGCAUGGCUGCCCUCACUGUGAGGGGCUGACAGGCUCUGGCUGAGUCCCGCUGUGGGCAGGACCAAGGCAUGCA